UAAGUCACGCCACACCCUAAAAAAAACAUUGCAAAGGGGUUCUUUAUAAAAAAAAAAAAAAGACGUUCCCCUUUUUUGUGUGUGUGUGUGUGUGUCUGUGGUCUUGUUUGUGUAUUCCCGCACGUGCGUUACACGACAUUCCCCAAAAAGGAUGAACGGGAAUAGUUUUGAAGGCGUUCGUCACAUCUUUUUGAUGUGCCUGGUCCAAAUUUAGAAGAAAAAAAAAAAAAAAUAUAAGGAAAAUUCCUCGCCUCGGCUGAUGGCUUGCGGCAGAGUUAAAGAGACGUACCGAAACGAAUGAGCCACCGUCAAACAAAAAACAUUUUUUUUUUCAAACUCGCACCGCAUUUAAAAAUAAAACUAAAAACAAAAUAAAAAAAACACUGCUCGAUUCGGGGUAUCCAAUGCGCCAUUUUCAAGUUGACGUGCGUACGACACGGCAGAAAAACAGCAGUUGCUUAUCUCACAGUGUUUGCAUAUUUACCGUCCCACCGCCAUCACAUUUCUCUUUCUUUGUUUUUCUUUAGCUUGCAAACCGGAAAAAAAAAUAAAAAAUAAAAUAAGAAGAAGAAGAAGAACAAGAAAGAAAAAACCCCUGCCAGCCGGCCGGUAGGAUCUAAACUUGGAAGCCGUUGAAACAAACAACAAAAAUACACAACAACGACGAAGCAAGAAGAGGACGGACGAAAUACUCGCAUGUCUAUUUCUCUCUGUGGCUGACGCUCGGUGCGCGCUCUUAGUCGGCCGCGUGACGAGACCCAGUUUAGCCCCGUGAAAAACAACAACGACACCGACGCGGAUGUGAAAUUCCGACUGGCCGCAAACACAAUCUUGUUUUAAUUGAGUCUCGAGUGUUGAUUGUGCCGUGUUUGAUGGACAGCGUGCGUCUAUUGUAUAACAAAAAGCUUCGAGCCUCAGCAAAGGUUUUUUUACAACGUGAUUGUUGGAUCAUCGCCUACUUGACUCUAUCUCGGCAGCUGGUCUACUAUCAAAGAGAGGUUAUAAAAUUGAGGGAAAAGAAAAAUGAGUUGGAAUGCUGACGAUGGAACAACAGGGACUAGAAGGAGCCGACCUGGAAGAAGCCAUUCGGCGGCCGUAACCGAUUGGCUGGGUCGAACCUCAUCGGCCGGCUUGCCAUCGUCGCGUCACACGGGCCACGGUGGCGGCAGUUACCCGACGCAGUCGAGCCAACAGCUGCAACAGGAACAAGCGCGUCUCGUCCUAACGUUAACAGGCUGGCGUCGGCGCGCCCUAUUCGGCCUUUUGUUAACCCUCACCGUCAUCGUCAUCAUCAACCUGUCGCUGACUUUAUGGCUACUCCGUUCCAUGCAGUUCUCUCUGGACGGUAUUGGCAACAUGAAAAUCACGCCCAGCGGGAUCCAGCUGAACGGCGAAGCCAUGGUGCUCGACUCUUUAAUGACGUCACAAAUCAGUUCGAAACGAGGCCAGCCGCUCGUUUUCGACUCGAGCCAGAACAUCACGUUGACCGCCCGCGAUGCUCAAGGACGGGCGGCCAACAAAAUCUUUCUCGGUGAAGACAGGCUGGAGGUGGUGGCCAGAGAUUUCCGCGUGACCAACUCGAAGCAAGAGCUGCUCUUCGCGGCCAACCGCAAGGAAGUUGUCGUCGGCGCCGACAUCUUGCGAGUGUCAGGCGUGGGCGGUGCCGUGUUUGAAGGAUCGAUUCAAACGCCAUUGGUUCGAGCAGAAUCAGGAAACGAUCUCAGGUUGGAAUCUGCUACUCGAACGCUGCAAAUGCAAGCGCCGCAAGGGGUGGCGCUAGAAUCGCAGGCGGGUGACAUCACGGCAACAAGUUACGAAGAUUUAAGACUUUGGUCGACCGGCGGCUCGAUCAGAAUAGAUUCUUCGAGCGUCGUGUUGCCAAAUAUUCGCACGGCGCUAGUGACGUCAAAACGUUCAUCAUUUGGUUCGAAUAACCAGCAACAGACGGGCAGAUCAUCUGCCCAGAUAUAUCAGGUGUGCGUGUGCAGCAACGGCAGAUUGUUCCUGUCGCCGCCGCAUGGGUUGUGCGUAGCCGAUGGCACUAUCUGCGCAUAAACAUAAUUUCAAAAAACAAAUAAAUAAACUUUGAAAAGCCUACGCUUUCACGGCGUUACGCAGCAAAUGGAAAUGAAGACAAAAUUGAGGCCAACGCUCCGCAAAAGAAGAAUGCAAUAAAAUGUGGGACAUAACACCAAAGGAAACGUGUACAUACAACAACGCCGCAUUGCUAUUUGAAUGUGUACUGCCGCCAGUGCCGAAUCGUUUAGGCAACGCGCCAAUUUUGAAAAAAAAAAAAGGCAAAUAAUAUGUCGACGUUCACGACACAAAAAAGAAAAAAUGUCAAUAGUGUUGCUACAAAAAUUCAAGAUGAUUCAUGACAAUUAAUGUGCGUGAUAGUGAGGAUGUACGUGAAACAACGCCGAUCUACAUGGUGUGUGUGCGUGCAUAUUCAAAGUGCCGACUUGUUUCUGUAAACGACCCCACCCUGACGUUUACCGCCCGCUAGAUCAAAGUUCUCUUUAGACAUAUAAAAACACUAACCACUACAACAAGAAAUCCUUCCGUGGCAAACCAUCGGGUACUGCAAAGGUGGUCAAGCGACAAGCCAACUUCCCCUUCCCAAUCUUUUAUGUUUCCUUUUUUUUUUUUUUUUUUUUUUUGCAAUUUUGUUGCCAUUGUCCAGCGAUUUGACUGCUCAUGUAGCUGUACACGUUGCAACAACAGCUGGAGAAUGGCUACAAAAGAACGCGAAAACGGCCAAACGGGAUGUGCGUGUCUCACAAAUCGUCAAGCGCUGUGUUUUUCAAUGGAGGUCAAUAAACUUCUAGUAGGACGUAAAAGGGAAUAUUGAAAGUUAAAGUGGAAUAAAAACGAGAAGCAUCUGAUUGAAAGAAUGUUAAUGCUAAUGAUGAAAUACAAGUGUCUAUUGAUUUAAAA